CUCCUCUUCCUCCUAUACUCCGCUCUCUGACUCCACGGCUCCUCAUUCACUAGAAGAUGGCGGACUGCGCUCCACUAUUAGAUGAGGAACUCUCGUCAUUUGUCUUCAAUUACCUGACAGAAAACUCUGGCAGCCAGUAUGGGGAGGAGGAGGUGUGUUCGGACCGCUUGGACACUGACUUCCCGGACAUCGACCUCUCACAGCUGGACACCAGCGACUUCGACAGCGUCAACUGUCUCAGCGAGCUACAGUGGUGCAACGAUCAGCCGGCGGACGCAUCACCGGCCUCCAUCCACUACAGUACAGCAGAUGAGCUUUUUGAGAUAGAAGAGGAGAAUGCGGCUCUGCUUGCCGCUCUGACCGACAGUUUGGAUGGCAUGGUGGAUGCCGAAGUGGGCGGGCUCUCCGUCUUUCCUGCCCUGGGGGAGGAGCCUGACCAGGAAGAGGAAGAAGAAGACAAUCUUCCUCUGAGUACAGAGGACUUCAGCCAGUCCCUGGGGGCUGAGACAGAGGACCCAUCUCUGCUGAAGAAGCUGCUGCUGACUCCUCCCACGGGCAUCGACGCACACAAAGAUAGAGUCCACGGCCAUCGCCAUAGCAACAGAAGCCUGCACCUACGGCCAGUCAGACCUCUGGUCAAGAGUGACCUCCCUCAGGAGCGGAAGCCCCGAGUGGUGCGUCCGGCGGGCCGCCUGUGCACCGAGCUCCACCGCCACCUCACCACCGCCCAGGACUCAGAGGACACCCCGGCCCUUGACACAGAGGAGGACGAAGAGGAAGAAGAGGACGAGGAAAGUGAGUCGGAGGAGGAUGAAGAGGAGGAAGGGGAGGAAGAAGAGGAGGAGUCUUCCAGCAGCGAGGUGGAGGGCGUGGCAGUUGUGACUGCUGUCCCCUCUGAGCCAGCCAAGCCUCAGUUCAGCUCAGAGAAAGAACUGAACUCAGUGGUGGAGCUGAUCACCUACAUGCACACUUACUGCCUGCCCACGCGCAAGCAGCAGGGCUGGGAGCGUAAGGACCGUGACCUCCAGAGGCCUCGGGCCAGACCUGAAGCUUCCCGCCUGGCCCCCGCAAAUUCUCACAGCAGAGUUGUCUUGGUGGCUACUCCUGGGACUAGUGGGGGCUUGACUGGGACAGGCAACAGUGCCCCGAGGAGGCUCCCCUUCGCAAGGCGAAGGGAGAUGAAGGCCAACUCCCUUCUCCGUGAGCUCCUGCAACAGAGCAGCUCUUUCGAUGUGAGCAAGCCUUACAGACUGCACAGCCCUCCCUACUCCCACUCCCUCAGCCCCAACAGAGGAGGAAUAUCGGCUCCUUCUGCCCUGGCUAAAUCAGCCCCUGCCCACUCCCCCAGCUCCACCACCCAUAAACUGGAGCUUCGUAAAGACUCUUCCUCUCCUGAGAGAAGAUACUACUCCUGUGAGGCGCCUCAAAGCCCGGAGGGGACAGCAGAAGACGGUGGCUCCUUCUCGGUUCGGCGCUCCCGACGUCUGGCCUCCUUCCCCAGCCGCUUUGCCAAGAGGCUGCGGCCUGGUCGGGCAAGGGAAGGAGAGGGGAAGGACAAGGAGGAGAAGGAAGAGGGACGAGCAGGAGUCAAACUCCUGCCAACCCAAGCAGGAGGGGGAACCACAACGGAGACGCAGCCAGAGCAGCGAACGUCGGGUGACGGCAGCGCCGGUGCAAUGGAGCCGACCAAACCCUGCUGCCACAACGAAAAGCGAGCCUGCCUCUGUCUGCCUCUCAACCCCAAGUCCACAGCAGAGUCCCAGUACAGCACCAAGCCUUUUGAGCAGACGCUCAGUGUCGAUCUGUGUGGAACGGCAGGUCUGACCCCUCCCACAACCCCACCUCACAAACCAGUGGAGGAUGAGCUCUUCAAACCGGCAGAGGGAGGAAAGGGUGGUGAAGGAGCAGGUGGUGGCAGCAGUGGCGAUGGAGGAGGUGGCAGCGAGUGUGUUCAGUCGGCUUCAACCACCAACACCAAUGUUGCCACGAAGGGCUCAUCCUGGGCUCAUCGUGCCCACCACCAACGGAAGCUUCCAGAGCAGACGGAGCUGUAUGCCCAACUGCGCCGCAUGGGCCAGGCUGGUGACAGUGACACCCACCGCACCUUUGGCGACCACGACUACUGUGCGCUGAGCCUCGGGGAGAGCCGCAAGCGUAGCGCUGCCAUGCUUGGUGCCAUGUUGCAGGCACAACGAGGGAGCGAUGGAGUUAGCACCCUAGCACCCAGAGCAGCCGACAAUCAGGUAUCGGAUGGAAAGGGCAAGGAGAACGGGGAAUGGCUGGUGGUAUCAGAAGUCGCAGAACCACUUGAGAAGCAGACAGUGGUGAUAUUAUCAUCGCCGCCAUCAGACUGCCAGUCAGCAGCUGCCACGCCACCAGCCUCAGAGGAAGAGGGUGAGCGCUCGUCUGCAUCUCGCUCACCCUCGCCCAUCCUCCACCUGUGUCCCGACUCCCCCGCCAGCAAGACAGACUCCAGUGAGAACUCGGAGAUCUGUCCCGACGACAAGCAGAGGAACAAAACCAAGUCUGACGAGGACAACUGCCAGGUGUUUUACAUCCACAACCUGCCAACCAGUGUGACCCAGAACAUGCUGAGGAAACGCUUCCAGGUUUUCGGCAAAGCAGAGGACUGCAAAGUCAUCAUCUGCAACGAGGAGCGCUGUGGGGUGAUAAAGAUCUGCCAACCAGGGGUUCAAAGACACUGGAGAGAACGGGAGACUGUGUUCCAGAAUGGACCUGCGGGCCUAAGGAGGCUAACAAGGAAACGCUACAUAGAUCUUGAUGAGGCAGGUCCGGGCCCCGUCAAGAGCAAGUACGAUGCACUGGACUUUGACACUCUGCUAAAGGAGGCCCAGAAGUCCCUGCACCGCUGACAGCACAGUGCCCCUGACUGGCCAGCCUUAGUAAACUGCAGCAACACCCCUCUGACUACAAGGCUCUGCCCUCAGACAGGCCUCUUAGUACCUCCAUUCAAGGCAACCUCGCAAAAUGUUUACAUUUUUACCAUUGGAAUAAAAGUAACAUUAAGGACCUUGUUGUUUUUUUAAGUUUCUUUCACCGGAGGAUACUGCUUAAAAGUGAGAAAGCCACUGGGAGUCUGGUGGAGUUAAGAGACAAUGGAGGAAACGACUUUUAACAGUAAUGGUACAACACCUAAAAACGAUAAUGAUACAGCUCUCUGCUGAACAACUAACAAAGCUGUAUGUGUUGUUGAAAUCAUCGCCCCGCCUUGGAAGAGCGGGCAUGAGACCUCUGUAGCAAAUCGUUGCUAUUCCUGCGUUGCGUUGGUCGUUGUGGUGUGUGUUUCUGCGUGUGCGUGUUCUUUGUUCUGUUUGUUUUGUAAAAAAAGAAAAAAAAUCCCCCUUUUUCCUGUCACGGAUGGUGAAUCUGCAAGCUAUGUUCGCCAUGAAGUUUUGCGGUUGUAUAACCAGAAAAAAAAAAAAAAACCCAACCCUGCUUUGUUUUAGCGAAAAAUUGUGGAUGUUAUAAAUUUUAAAAUCUAUUGUGUGUGCGUUAUGGACAAAGAAUAUAUAUAUAAAAAAAAAACUUAACAUAAUCAUUUGAUGACUGAUAAAGUUUACAAAUCUAAAAUGAAGAAGAAAAAAAUCAUGUUUUUUUCUUUUUUGUAACUGUAGUGCUUCCUUGAUUUGAUCUAUGCACUGUAAGGAGGUAAAUGUCUCCGCUAUCCUCCACUUUCCCCCCUUUGACUCUAAUCUCUAACUCUGCCAUGCUGACUAUUUUGGCUUCUGCUACUGGCUGCUGCAGGCUCUGUUUGAUAGGCAUUUAUACAUUAAGACCCCAACUCGGUCCUGGGAAAAAUUUCACCUCAAAAUAUUUUCCAACCCAUGUGAACUAAAGCAUUUAUUGGGAAAGCAUGUAUCUUAAAUGUUGCAAAAGCUUUGAACUGGUGUCAAAAUAAGCUUAAAUAAGAUACACAUAUAGUUCCUCUUUAUUUGUCAAAAUAACUACUAUGUGGCUAUAAUGGGUCACAAAGAAGUUUCAAAAAAUAUUUACUAAAGCAAAGCAAAUCCCAGGAUCGGGGCUAAUGUUAGAAAUCCGGUUAGGGUUGGGUUAAAACAGGAGUUGGGUCAGAAUUAGAUAUGGGAUAAAGUCAGGGUAAGAUAUGCAUUAUCUGUGGACGGAUGCCAGAACUAAUGGUUGUGAUAGUCAGUUUUUACAAAAUAAUGUGUGGGCUUCAUUGGUUGAUUCCAGGUCCAUUUUUUCCCACAUCUAGAGGGGUCUGGAUGUAUCUUUGAUAGGGUCCCACUGAACAUGUGUCCAUUAAAGGCUGCAGCCUAAUGACACCCCGCCCCCCGAAUGCCACAGCCAAUGCAACAGUUACUGUUUACAUUUGGAUUGGAGCAAGCAGGACUAAAAUGGAGAAAUUCAAGUUGGUAGCCACUGACCCAGUCCAAUCCUCUUUCACAUAAGGUCCAUCAGUCAUUACAGGGCAAAGUACUGUAAAUUAAAUUCAACUAUUUGGAUUGUCCAGGAAUCCUUUUUUUCAGGAGAAGACCAAUUUGCUCCCCAUAAUCCACCCAUCGAACAUUGCUAUUGCCAGAAGUAGACGAAUCUGUGGGUUCAAAUGGAAUGUAUUCAAGAAUCUGAAUGUAAUCAUUGUGUUUUCCCCAUUUCUGAUUGCCCAAAGAUUGUGGAGCUUUUUGGUGCUUUUAAAAAGGUAGACUUGCUUAGUCAUCUGGUUGACUGCAUGUGACCAAUUCUGGCUUGAAGUACAGUCCAGGUAGCGCCUAAUUUACAUUUCUGAUGCAGCCAGUAGCACCCGCCAUGAAAAAGGGAGAGAGCCUCCAAGCCUGCCAAUCCAGUGGCACCACACCGCCACCUACAACACACCCAGGGCUUGAAAGUAACAAAGCUUCGGCCGAGAAUCCAAUUUCUCGUCUGAGAGGUACUGUAUCAGCUGAGCAUCUCUACCUCACAUCCAUCCCUGCUCCCCCUGUCUUUUUAUUUCCUCGUUCUACUGGAUGCCCCUCCUCUUUUAUAAGUCUCUCACACUUUGUUUUUUGUCAGAAAUGUUGUCUGUGUGAGGGUUUCCCCAACUGAUGGGCAGUUAUGGGUAGUGUAGGGGUUUGUGUUUGAUUUUUUUAUACUAUGACUCCUACCACUAAGCCCCUUGUGAUGGGAAUAAUCUCUCUCUUUCUCUAAAUCUUUCCUUCGCUUGCCUCAUAACGGUUUUUAGUGUGUCUGUCUCGACCUUGUGUCUUUGUGUAACUGAGUGUUUUGUCUUUGUCUCGUGUUUGAGUCGGACACUGCUGAUGCUUGCAGGUCGGUGAGGAGGGACGGGAGAGGUUGAAUGAUGUCUUGGUGGUUGGUUGGUCCUUGUUUAGAGGGGAAGAUUCCCAAUCUUCACCCGCUGCCCUCGGUUUCUUGUUUUCUUCAGGGACAUGCCAUUCCUCCCGAUUUCCCUGUUCCUCCUCUCCUUUCCCAGGAAUUUUAAUAAAACGCAACCCGACUCUUUCUCUAACUUUAACUCUAUCGCUUUGUCUCUCGUGGGUUCAAGGCCUUGUUUCUAGGUCUUCCCUAAACCCUGGUUAACUCCCUGCUUUUUAACAGAUAAUCCCUCUUUCCCCAUCCUCUUCCUUGUCCUUUCUCUAUCUAAUCAACUCCUUGGUAACACACACAAAAAAUUGAAUGUUUACAUCACUCGAUUCUCCUUUGACUUUAUUAGGAAAGCACACUAAGUACAAAGGCGCCUUAUUCAGUGUUUUAAAAGAUAUAACAGCAAGUGAAGUGGCCUAGAGGGACGCACCUUCUCCAGGCUCACUGAUGUCCAAAACGAACAAAAACAAUUUAGUGCUAUACAUACUGAUUGAGAAACAAGGUGUCAAAGGAAAAAAAAAAAAAAUCAGAAAUUUUAACUAAUUGCGAACAACUGAAUGAGUAUUUGUGCUUAGUAUGUAUACUACUAAAAAGUGAGAGAAUGUGCUGGUUUACAUAUUAAAAAAAGAAUAUAUUAUAAUAUAUGAAUAUGAAAUGUGUAUAUAGCACUAUGCCUUGUUGUAAACAUAAAAUGUAUUGUGUGGUUUUUUGGUUUUUUUUUUUUUUUUUUAAGAUGGCGGGUCAUAGUUGAUUGCUAAUCAGACAGGAGAUAGUCAGGUCGGUUUUGUUCCAAUGAGUUAAUGUUUGUUCAGUACAAGGAGGAAAUUAAGGGAAAAAAAUAAGUUCAAAUGACUUCACACAAAGUCCAACACUGUUGUAAAAGAAAGACAAGUAUCCCUUUAGACUAUCACACUAGAAGGGUCUAUUUCUUUGCCGUUUAUGAAAUGACUAAAUAUUUUUUUAUGGGUUUUUUUUGUUUUCUUAAAAAGCAAUUUGAAAUGCAAUACAUAAUAAUCUUAUCUUUAAGACAGCCUUUCCGAAAAACUGAGGUAAUAAUGUACAGUGUAUGGUUGGUUGUUGAACUACAACACGGGCAAUCUUUGAGCUGCAGAUUCAAUAGGCUACUGUACUGUAUGUAGAUUGCUGUUAAACACAAAAAAAAAAUCCUAAAAAACAAACUACAGGAAGAAUGUGGUCAGUUGCGUCGUAAACACAUAACACGUAUACAAAAGAAAUCGUACUAAUAUACUCUUGCACAAAUAACGUCCCAAGUAGUGAAAUAUCUUCACAAUAUUUUCUUCUCAUUGAAAGCAAACUGUUGUAACUAUGUUAUUACCACGUGGUGCACAGGUUUGUAAAAAUCUGAGUUGCAUUGGAUAUUUGUAGUACAGUAACAGCUAAUAACUAUACAUGUAUGGGGGAGGGAGGAAAAGAAGAAAAAAGUUGUCGCUGGUUUGACCCACUUCAAUUUUCAGACUAGUUGAUACAGAUGAGGUAGACACUGUAGAAAUCCCAGUUUCAUUGCUGCACCUUUACUUCAUCCCAAAAAGAAAGCAUUUGGAUUAAAUUAAUUACAAUCAAAUACAAAGUUACAGAAUGGUAUAAUGGUCCAACUAGCUGAGAGGCAAUGGAGUUUUGUGUUUGCAAGAUUGUGCAUUACUAAAGCAGGAUAAAUGGAAAAUAAAGCAUGACGGCAGCCUGAUUUGACAUUUGUGAAUGCUGCAUGUACAAAAAGCAGAAGAUGUAAGGGGACAUGAAAAGAAGUACAAGUGGGAGAGAAAGUAAAGGGGUGGAGGUCAAGGAUGAGAAUGGGAGAAGAAAUUUGCCUUCAAACCUGAACAUGGAAAGGUUUCAGUUUUAGUUUUUCUUACUGAUGACCAAAAUGUUACCUUAAAAAGGCUUUUAGUUAGCAAACCUUAACUGUUUUCACAUGACAAAUAUUGUAUGUGGCAAAACUAGUUCCUGUUUGGCUUGCUGCUUUGUUAUCCUUUUCGUGGAGGAAGAGCAUACACAGUUUCUACAUGUAAUCCCAAAUUCAGACCUCCACUUAUUUGAGGAAAUCUUGAGACUGCAGCAUGUGGUGGGAUAUCUACAGUGGCCGUCGCUGUGCCUGCGAGGGUGCCUCCAUUGUUCUAGAGGUGAAUGACAUCGAAACUACCCCAUUUUUCAUCGUGGCAAGCCUUAAAAGCCAUUUAUUAUUAAAGUUUCAACUCCUUUCCAAUCCAAUGUGGUUUAUUAUUAAAUAAUUACUGACGUAAUUAAAACUUUUUUCAAUAGCCAUAUUAUAAAAAGGUAUAUACAUAUAUAUGAAUAUAUAUUUGUGUGUUUGUGUAGAUAUCUAGAUGAUCAUAUACUUUCUUAUAGAAAACUUUGAUGUUGACCAUUCUCCUCAGUGUUUUGAGAACACGUUGACGCAUUUCAACAUAAUACCGUUGUCCGCUUGGUCUGGGUCCGAGGUUGAUGGACAACGAAUCCAAAUUUUAAAAAAAAGUAAAAAAAAAAAAAAAAAAUCAAAUAAAAAUAAAAAAACCUUCCAAAGGGAAUUACCCUCGUCAGAAUGCAAUACCUUUCUUUCCACUCACCAUUUCAGAAAAAUGGAAAAUGGCAAGAAAACCAUAAAACUUGAUAGGCAAGUUGACCAAAAAAUAAAACUUCAACAAUAAAUAGCGUGUGACGGCUCACGAAAAAUGUGACAUUUUCGCUGGCCGCGUCAGAUUCAGUUUUAUAGAUGUUAUGUUUCCAAUACCAUGGCCCACUAAAAACACUUCUUUGUUUUUAUGUCACUCACUGUUUCUUUAGUUCAGUAAACAAUGUAUCUGUCAGCUUGCUACACUAUCAAAUUAGCCCCUACCAGGACAGGAGUGCUUGCAAUACCGGCCUGAUACUGGCUUCAGAUUCCACUUUCGUCUUUGAUCUGCAAAAUGGUUGUUUCACAUUUUAACUUCAACAGUUGUACAAUACACAGAAACUAAUGGCUAAUCUGUCAAACUUGAUGGCAACAGUGAUGUCAAAUAGGCACUUAGUAGGGACUGCAAACUGUCAAACUGCUAAAUGUGAGUGGGUGUUUUUUUUUGGUGGAAGAAAAUAUUUUGACAAAGGGCAUACAUUGUUGUUGUUUUUCAUUACUAUUGAUUUUAUUGUCUAUUUACAUCUAAUGACUAUCAAAUUCACAAAUUAUUUUUUUUUUCUUUUUUAACUUAGUUUUUGGUAAAAACAAAAAAGGUAAAUAUUGCUAGUCAGAUUUUAUAUUUUUACAUAUGUUGGUUUUAUUUUGCGUUUCUUCUUUUUUAUUUAUACGCCAUUUAGUUUGGAUGUCUUUAAAUGGUGUUAUUUUCUCCGUUUUGUGUGAAUUCAUAUGUCUUGAGAAUGUGGAGACAAAGGCAUUUCAGUAUUUUUGAAUCGUUAAAAUCUAGUUUCAUAGAAGCGGAAGUAUCUGAUGUUAUAAAUUAUAUUUUAAUUCAUGUAAAUAGUUUAAAACAGAAGACUAUGGCUUCCUUUUAAACUGAAUACAUUUCUCUUCAGAGAUUGUUUACAUUAUGAAACUGUAGAGAUGUGCUCCUCAUAUACUGUAUAAAGUACAUAUAUUCAUUGAUUUGCCUCCAAAAAAUAAAAUCCUAAUGAACAGCA